AGUAUAAAAUUGCUGUUUGUAGGCUUUCCUGGAAAUGGCUGAUGAAGAAAAGGCAGCUGCCAUGGUGAGCUACUUCACGGUCACACCCACCCUGGUGCGUGGUCGACCUGUCUACAUCCAGUUCUCCAACCACAGGGAGCUCAAGACAGACAACGCACCGGCUCAACAGACGGCAGCUGCCCAGGCUGCUCUCCAGGCUGCCCAGUCAUUCAUCCCAGGAGGGAUGGGGGUGGGAGGCCUGACUGUGGGGGUUGGUGGGAUGGCGGGGAUGGGCGCCACGGCCCUGAUCGGGGCAGCCUCGCCCAAUCCCGUCCCUACGCAGGGCCAGCCCAACUCAGUUCUGAGGGUCAUUGUGGAGAACCUCAUCUACCCUGUCACAUUGGAUGUGCUUCAUCAGAUUUUCUCCAAGUUUGGUGCCGUGCUGAGGAUUGUUACUUUCACUAAGAGUGGCACAUUCCAGGCGCUCAUCCAGUUUGCAGAUGCAGCUUCUGCAGCACAAGCCAAAACGUCAUUGGAUGGGCAGAACAUCUACAAUGCUUGCUGCACACUGAGGAUCGACUAUUCCAAGCUGGAAACCCUGAAUGUGAAGUACAAUAAUGACAAGAGCCGAGACUACACCAGGCCGGAGCUGCCUGCUGGGGACGGCCAGCCUUCUCUGGAGCAGGCCAUGGGCUUAGACCGCUGGGGACACAACUUGCACCCAUAUCAAGUUGGCAACCCCGGCAUCAUGCCCACACCAUUUACACCAUCGUCAAUUUCAUCCUCGGUGGCGGCGGCAGCCGGAGUGGCAGGAUUCGCACCCUCGCAACUUUACGGUAGUGUCCUUACAGUUCCAGGUGGCCUGACUGGCAGCAUUCCUCUCGCGGGAACUAUCCCCAACUUGUCAGCAGCGUCUGCUGCAGCGCGAUUGGCCGGACUUCAGCAGGCGGGGUCUGUUCUACUCGUCAGCAACCUGAACACAGAGAUGGUUACACCCGACGCUCUCUUUACUCUAUUUGGCGUCUAUGGGGAUGUGCAUCGUGUAAAAAUCUUGUUUGCCAAGAAAGACAAUGCACUGAUACAGAUGGCUGAACCUCACCAAGCCAACACAGCUAUGCAACACCUGAACAACCUGCGAGUGUGGGGCAAGAACAUCCGGGUCACGCUGUCCAAACACAACCAGGUGCAGCUGCCUAAGGAGGGACAGCCGGAUGCUGGUCUGACCAAAGACUUCACAUCAUCCCCGCUGCACCGAUUCAAGAAACCUGGAUCCAAGAACUUCCUGAACAUCUACCCUCCCUCUGACACACUUCACUUGUCCAACAUUCCAGCAAGCACCACGGAAGAAGAAUUGAUAGAUCUCUUCACAAGUACAGGAGGUGCUGUCCAGGCCUUCAAGUUUUUUGCGAAGGACAGGAAGAUGGCGCUGCUCAAGAUGAGCUCCACCGAGGAGGCAGUGCAUUCUCUGAUAAAAAUGCACAACUACCAGCUGAGUGGCUCCAAUCACUUGAAGGUUUCCUUCUCCAAGGGACAGAUCAGCUAGUUGCAAUGGCAACAUGUCUCUCUGACAACCAAAGGACCAAUGCUGCAGUCUUUCAGAGUUUAAUAAUUCCUGUACAAGUAAUGGUAAAUUUUCCAGAGGAUGGCAUUUCUAUUGGUCUUGUUUGGCAUGGGUCUGCCAUGUUCAAGAAAUGAUUUCAUAGGGCUCAAUAUACUAUAGAAGAAGGGAUGAUAGGAAGAGAAGAUUUGUACGUUUUUGUUGUUGUUUUGGAAGAUUUACUAGUCCUUUGUACAUUGCUCUGGAAGACUUCAUAUUUCUGUGUAUAGAAGGAGGUGGCCAGAGUGCUUGUAGCCGCUUGACACUAGAGGACCCACUUAGCAUGUUAAAUCGUACUAUAUAAAACAUGUAUUUUCUUAUACAUGGAUGUAUUAAUUCAUUUUAUGAGCACUUGUAUUGAGGUGUGCCUUUCCAUUAUUAAUCGGACAUGUUUGUUGUGUAUUUCUAUUAAUCAAUGUAUAUGUGGCUUAGAGGCGUGUAGAAUUGGACUUUGUUAACCUGUGAUGUUUCCUGUUGAGAUGGAAUGCAGGGUUUUGGUCAGAAUUUUGUGGCUGAUAGGAGUGUUACGGUUCAUGUUCAAUAAGAAAAGAAAGAUACUUAUCAAAGAACACAUAUUCUAGAAGAUCACAUCCCAGUAUGACAUGUUUAUGAGCAAUAGAUACUGAUCUAUUUUAUUGUGGUAUCUGGCAAAGCGACAGUUUUGACAGAUGCACAGGUCCUAGUCCAAUUUUAACAGUGUUCUGAGCCAAGUGUAGUGUUUGCUUCAUUAGCUUGUAUAUCCACACAACCUUUAUACCAUGUGUUGACAUAGCCUUGUGUGUGGAUUUGACCUUAUUGUCUUUUGACACUUGUACAGUUGUAGUGGCCUUGUCAUUCCAACUGGACUGUCCCCAACUUGUACUCUGUUCAUUGAAUUAUAUGUGUGUGUACGUGUGUGUGUGACCUGAAUGCUUUAGGUUUUUGAUAAAAAUACCAAAAUCAGAGAUACUUUUGUAACUGAAUAGUUUGUACAUCAUACAGGGAGAAGAGGGAAAAUGUUGAAAAUCACAGCCCUUACAUGUUAAAGUAGUUUGGCAAGAGCGAUGACAUCAAUAUGAAAAUGUGAAAAUUGUGACCUUUAAGUGCCUUAUUUGGUUAAACAAAACAAAUCCAGGGUAUAUCAUACUUAGCGAUGGUGCUCCCUGUAUACUCUACUGUAUUCUUAAUUCCUAGUCCCGGGUAUAUUUAUCCUAUAUCAAAGACUGUCAACCUGAUACAUACAGGUGUACAUGUAGUUCUAGUCGAUAAUGUAUAAAGCAUGGACCUCGGCAAGCUGUAAGAUCUAGUGUGAAGCAUCUUGGUAAUUUCUUUGAUGUGUAGACAGACACAGCAACAGAGAAUACAGAACGAGGACAGGAGAUGGUGACAGCAUAUAGAGGACACUCUAUCCUUACCCUUUUUUGCAUUAUUCUAAAGUUUAUUGCUUAAUUUGCUAUAAUGCCCUUUCAGUUAUGAUUAGAAUAUGAGAGCAUUAUAAGCAGGAGAAUCCUAGAUGCAGACAUCAGUGUAGCACAAACACUUCUGAUGCUGACACAUGAAGAUGUUACCAACAGUCAUGAGUUUAUGGCUGUGUGGGUGUAGGGUAGGCACCCUUCUGUUCAAACCUAAGGCAAAACUACCCUGGUGAGAUGAAAAGGGAUGUACUGUUGGUUCCUCUUUUGAAAGGCAUCCUGCUGUGCUGUAAAUAUUAGUACAAAGAGGUUGAUUUUUUUUAAAAACUGGAUAGACACAAAUUUUCAAACCUCACAGGCUACUGGAUAAUAUGAAUGAAAAAUUGCAGCAUACAUCUUUAUAAUCAAAGACAGCAUUUGUAUAUUUAUUUUAUUACUCAGACUAAAACAAAUAUACAGAGGCAGCAUAUACAUGUAUAUGUGUGAAAGCCAGAGACACCUACUACAAACGGACAUACUCCAUAUCAUUGUCAUUUAUUUGAUGUGUAAUACUUGAUUUUUUAAUCAUUAGGCUGCAAGAUGUACGCAGUAGUAGCAGAGGUGUAACAGAACAUAUUUGAUGUUGUAAGUGGAUGAAGAUAUGAAAUAAAACAUAUCUUUUUGUAUGAA